AUGGUGGGAAAGGAUCCCGGACACGGAAUUUUUCUGAGAGAACGGGGUUUCAGCAUCCAGGCCUUGCUCAGGCGGAUACAGCUGCGCUAUAGCGGUCACGUGGUAUGGAUGGAUGAUGAACGACUAUCCAAGCGACUGUUUCAUGGAGAUUUCGCAGUAGAAAUUAACAGGGCUAUCUCGGAGGAACUGACGCAGGAUCGAUCUACGUGGCGAAGACCGGUACAAACUGGCAAAGCAAUCUACGAAGACAGUCGGAUUGCCGCCACCAAGGCAAAACGAACACCUCGCAAGUCUCACAAUCAACGGACGCAUAUUGUCACCGCACAAGCCCUUCCAAACCAUCCACGCUGCCAACGCAUCCUCCAUGCACGCAUUGGCUUGGUUGGCCACUUCCGGACGCAGUGCACCCCGCUUCCGACGGCAUCUACUUCCACGGUGUCAAAUACUGCAACACACUCUUCUCUGUCCAGCAUCUCGACGGCAGCAACCCUCACCACAGACGCUCCGCUACCCUCAUCCACCGGUAUCGCCUCACCCACAACCCCCUAG